AUGGCGUCCAACAAGAGCGGCAUGAACAUUCGGCACAUGGCCGGCAACCUCGACUCCAAGGAGACCGGCAAGGCGACGAAGGACUACGAGGACUACUUCGCGGAGGAGGACGACAGCAAGCGCACGGGGAACUACACCGACGUCGUGAACAAGUACUACGACCUCGCGACGUCCUUCUACGAGUACGGCUGGGGCGAGUCGUUCCACUUCGCGCAUCGGUACAAGUGGGAGACGCUGCGAGAGUCGAUCGUUCGCCACGAGCACUUCCUCGCGUCGAAGCUCAACGUCGGUCCCGGGAGCAAAGUCCUCGACGUCGGCUGCGGCGUCGGCGGCCCGCUCAGAGAGAUCGCGGCGUUCACCGGCGCCGACGUCACCGGGCUCAACAACAACGCGUUUCAGAUCAAACGCGGGACGGAGCUCAACGCGGCGACCGGACGCCACGAUAACUGCGACUUCGUCAAGGCGGACUUCAUGAACAUCCCGAAGAAGGACGCGACGUACGACGCGGUGUACCAGAUCGAGGCGACGUGCCACGCCCCGGACGCGGUCGGAUGCUACUCGGAGAUUUUCCGCGUGCUCAAGCCCGGCGGCGUCUUCGCGUCGUACGAGUGGUGCCUCACGGACGAGUACGACGAGAAGAACGAGGAGCACAGGAAGAUCCGUCAGGAGAUUCUCAUCGGGAACGGCCUCCCCACGGCCAGGCACACGAGCGAGGUGUUGGACGCGCUUAAAAAGUCCGGGUUCGAGAUCAUCGAGGAGAUCGACCUCGUGAAAACCGCCGACGUGUCGUGGUACGAGCCCAUCGAUCCGGAUCGCUCUUGGAGGCCGUGGCGGGACUUCUGGAGCUUCAAGACGACGAGGUGGGGGCGCGGGAUCACGCACUACCUCGUGUGGGCGCUCGAGACGCUGCGCAUCGCGCCGAAGGGGACGAUGAGCGUGUCGUCGUUUUUGAAGAAGGGCGCGGAUGGGCUCGUCGCGGGCGGCAAAAAAGGCAUCUACACCGUGAUGUACUUCACCGUCGCGAGGAAGCCGCCGACGAAAUCGGCCAAGCCGCUGCCGUCGCCGAAGAAGGCGCCCGCGGCGGCGGCCGCGCAGUGA